CCUUUUCCGUUGGAAAAAUUUCGCAUGACUUUUUCGGAGACGAUUUUAUCUGACACUUGAUCGGAUCGCACGUUGCUCCCAUUAUUACGCUCAGAUUCAGAUCGUACGAAAAGAAAAAGAAACGAAUAUUACACACGCGUAUCGGGAAAGAGAGAGAGAGAGAGAAAGAAAGAUACGCGUCAAAAUCCGUAUUUCUAUAUCAAAUGCAUUUCUCGUAACCUUGCGGACGUAACCUUCAAGCGUGACAGUAUCUUUGACUUAUACCCAGACAAUACGGCUCUUUCACGGUCGAUAGAACGCGCGAGAGGAUGCCGGCGCCAAAUUCCAUCAGCGUAGCCGUAAUAUGUUCCAGUAACAUGAACAGGAGCAUGGAAGCACAUGCUUUCCUAGGCAAAAAAGGGUUCAACGUGAAAUCAUUUGGAACUGGCGAUAAGGUCAAAUUGCCUGGAACUGCUCCGGAUCGUCCUAAUAUCUAUGACUUUGGUACUACGUACGAUGAGAUCUAUAAUGAUCUCUUAAUGAAAGACAAGCAAUAUUAUACACAAAAUGGUUUAUUGCACAUGUUGGAUCGGAAUCGUAGAAUAAAACCUAGACCAGAACGAUUUCAAUUGUCCAAGGAUAAGUUUGACAUUUUAAUUACAUGUGAGGAGCGCGUGUAUGAUCAAGUAAUUGAAUGUAUGGAAUCUAGGACUAAGGAAGAUAAUCAACCGGUGCAUUUAAUUAAUAUCGAUAUUCAGGAUAAUCACGAAGAGGCCACAGUAGGAUCGUUUCUUAUAUGCGAACUAGUAACAGUGUUGGCGAAUAGCGAAGACUUAGAUAAUGACAUAGACGAAUUACUCCACGAAUUUGAGUCCAAAUUUGUAAGGACAAUAUUGCAUACCGUGCUCUUUUAUUGAAAAUCCGUCACGAAAAUCAUCAGAAACCUGGUGUUCAUCGAACCUCAAGCUUAAUUAUAAGAGAAAUUAAAUUAUGUGUAUAACAUCUAAAUAUAUAUACAUAUAUAUAUAUCGCGUAUAUAUUCAUCCACCAACUUGUGUGGAUUGAAUUCUAAUUCGAAUGGGGGAUUCCGCUUGUGCUUCCUACUUAAUGAACGAUUCUUUUCGCGGAAUUGUACUGUCCAAAUCGCGAUAUUUACAAAAAUAUCGUCAAAUUGGCAUUACAUUAUGAUUAAUCGGAGUUUGUAGAAUGAUAUCGAAUUUUGUAGACAUAUACAAGACGAGAGGAUAUUGAUAGUGGGGAUAAAAAGGGAGAGAAAUAAGUGAAAGAAUAUAAAAUACAAAAUACUUAAUUUUUCAGCAUAUGUAUAUACAAGUAUGUACACGUACGCAUAUCGUACAUGACUGCACGUGGAUUACAAGUCUGUAACGUGCGUAUAUGUUUGCAUGCCCGUAUAUGACAGAGUCAGUUGUAAAAUUUACAAAGAAUAAUAGAUGGAAAAAUAGUGCAUGGACGUGCUACUUUUUGCACUCAGUGUUGAUCGAGAUGAGCGUACAGCCUUCGGGUUUUCUCACGUUUAUUCUUAUUAACAUGUUUAUUAAUCAUCUUCCAGGGUUUUUUCAUUUUAUCAGACUGAUUAUCAGUCGAUUCCGUUAAACUGACCGUUGAUCCCGCGUGCCUGAAAACAUUAAUUGUACCGAUUAAAUGAAUUUUGUAUAUGAAAAUACACACAUCAAAAAGAUGUUCCGACAAUUGUACAUAUUGUA